AUGUUGGGUCAAGAUCCCAUACUAUCAUCCACUCCUGGGCAGGAGAUGGCCCAAUUCACUCAAAAAUCGAUCCUAGGCACGUUAUUCGAAACUACCGAGCGAUAUACUAAGUUGGAACCAAUUGGCAUUGGCGUCUCCGGUCUAGUCUGUUCCGCACGAGAUCAGAUCUCAAACCGAACAAUUGCUGUCAAGAAGCUUGUCAAUCCAUUCAAAACAGAAAACAUCGCGCGACACAUGUACCGAGAAGUCAAAUUGUUGAAAACACUCAAACAUGACAAUAUCGUUCAUCUUACCGAUAUCUUUAUUUCGCCCUCUGAAGAUAUUUAUCUCGUCACGGAUCUUAUGGCAACAGAUCUCCAUACUCUUUUAAAGAGUAAGAAACUGGACAAUCAAUUUACGCAAUAUUUCAUGUACCAGAUAAUGCGCGGUCUUAAAUACGUCCACUCAGCUGGUGUCGUCCACCGCGAUCUUAAGCCCAGCAACAUCCUGAUUAACGAAAACUGCGACCUGAAGAUCUGUGACUUCGGUCUAGCCCGCGUUACGGACGCACAAAUGACCGGUUAUGUGUCUACCCGGUACUACCGAGCCCCCGAGAUUAUGCUCACCUGGAGGAGAUACAAUGAGAAGGUUGAUAUCUGGAGUGCGGCAUGUAUUUUUGCAGAGAUGUUACUUGGACAGCCUCUAUUCCUUGGAAAGAACCACAUUGAUCAAUUCUGCGUGAUUACCAAACUGCUUGGAUCGCCACCGGACAAUGUUAUUGCGAAUGUUACCAGUCCGAAUACUAAGAAUUUUGUUCGUUCUUUACCUAAACGCUCCCGGAAGCCCUGGUCGGCUCUCAUUCCAGGAGUCAACAUGAAAGCUACGAUGCUUUUGGAUAAGAUGCUUCAAUAUGAUCCCAGCAAGAGACCCUCUGCCGGCGAGGCCCUCACUUCGCAAUACCUUGCUCCAUACCAUGAUUCGGAUGACGAGCCAGUCGCAAAUGAGAUUAUCGAUUGGUCAUUCCUUGAUGCGACCCUGUCCGCCGAUGUGUGGAAAACAAUCAUGUACGCCGAGGUUCUGGGAUAUCACCAGAACGGAUCUUCUCCCGUCCACCUUCCUCCUGAAUACGAUGGGAUGGAUUUAGGAUAA